UUUGUUUGUGCAUGAAACUCACAUGGGUGUUUGAACUUUCAUUGGUUUUUAAGUUAAUUCUUGACUCUCCUGUGUCUGAAACAAUCCGUUUGAACGAGUCCACAUAAAAAAUGUCGUCCAGCGAAAAGAUUGUAUGCGUGCCAGGCCAAGUUCUGUGCGCUUCCUCAAAUGACCAUGUUGCCGGACAAGGCACAUAUGAACGCAUGGGCUACAUUUACGCUUCUCUGGCUGGUGUUGUGAAAGUGGAGAAAAAGUUGGAGGUCAAUGUGGUCCAAGUGCAGAGUUUGAAAGAACAGAGUAUGGUUCCGUCGCCUGGUGACAUCGUCACAGCUCGAGUGUUGAUCGUGAAGUCUCGACAGUGCAUGUGCGAAAUCAAGUGCAUUGGCGACGUGACUCUGUCUAGGCCGUUCAGGGCUGUCCUCAGGCAGGAGGACGUUCGGGCGACGGAAAAGGAUCGAGUCAAAAUGUAUGAGUCCUUUGCUCCUGGGGAUAUCAUCCUUGCUCGAGUUCUCCCAAUCAUGGAUGUGCACACGUAUCAGUUGUCCACGGCUGAAAAUGAAUUAGGAGUUGUCAUUUCGCACAGUGAGGCUGGUGUGCCCAUGGUUCCAAUUAGCUGGACUGAAAUGCAGUGUCCGGUGAAUUUCACCAAAAAGUUGAGGAAAGUUGCUAAAGUGAUUCCUGAGAAUAUUGACAUAGACAUGGAGACAAGCAGCGAUACAAACAGGCCCAGCAAAUCAUGAGUGUGCGUAUCUCAGCAUGUGACGGGCCUCUGAAAAGCAGACGUUGCACCUGGUCACUGACCAAAUCCUCAUUUUUAUAAUAUUCAUCAUAGGGUAUUAUUAUAACUUUCAUGAAAAUUAAUAAAUAAAAUGAUAAUUUUGUAUAAAAAUACUUAGCCAAAGUUUUUUCAUGGUUAUUUAAAAUUAUUAAUUUUGU